CUCUAAAACUCCCCUUGGCUUGAUUCACAAACUUCCCCUCUUCAGCAUCGUUAUGCCCUACUAUGGCUAUAUUCACGAAUGAGCAGAGCUCAUGCUCCAGUUGGACAAGAAGAGUAGAGAAAUAUGGCUGGGCAAUCUCCAAGCAAUCAUGGUUAUUAUUUUUGACCAUAGCAAGGCGACUAUGGUGAAGAAAAUUAACGAUGAGCUUUCGUUGACUAGGUUAAGAAUGUUGAAGAUUAAUAGCAAUUAUUUGUAUUUUCGCCUAUGAGUGAGGCUUGGCUCUGAAACAUCUUUUAGAACAAUGAUAUCAUUCAUUGAGAUGAUGGGAGAGGUAUGUUUGGAAGAUCAGUUUGAGAUUAUUUUUAUUGCUAUGGAACCUAGGACUAUAGAAAUUUGUCAAGUGUUCUUAAACAAAUAUCUUGAGAAGGGGUUGAACAAGAAAGCCCUCAUGUUUGAUUAUUCCAGCACAAUAUAUGAACUCAGAAAUUCAAAAGAUAAGGAGUUAAGUUACAUUAAUUAUACUCCUUUUAAAGGCUACAUUGAAGAUUUCACAAUCAAUGCUGUAUCUGAAGAAUAUUUAACUAAAAGUGAUGAAAUAGAAACAUUAUACAUUCGAUAUUUAUGGUAUUCCCCUCGGAUCCUAGACAAGAACUACAAUUGACUUUCAGUGAGUCCAAAAGUGUUGACUGACUUCGAGGCUAAGAUUUUGAGCUACAAAUUUGUAAACAAAAGUUGUAUAACCUUGGAGCUCUACAAAGGGGGCAUCUAUUUCGAUAAACCUAUAGUGAAAGGAGAGAUAGAAGAUAUCUUUGGUUCCCUAAAUAUAGUUUCGGGCAAAUUAAAUAAUCUUCAGAAUUUCCGCACUAGAUACACAUCUCUGUUCGAAUUUGUUUGCUCACAAAAAUUCUUCAGAUUGAACAAGGGCUUUCCACAUUUGUCAAAAAUUAAAGGUUUCGAGUUUAAAGAUGAUGUCGGUGAUGAGUUGAUUGGACUACAGUAUAAGUGCCCUCAAGCUGAAAUUGUAUUCCAAGAUCCGGAAGAGUUAAAUAUACAUGUCUUUGUAGUUGAAAAUCUGGAACUAAAGCUAAAACCUCAAGAAUUCUGAUAUGACUCUAAAAAUAAAAUUUUAGUUCUGAAAGAUAACCCAAGUGGGUUAAGUUUCCAAAAUAUCAAAGACUAUAGAAGAGGUAGGAAGACUGAAAAAUACAGACUAGAAAUUUGAGGAAAAGUAUACCUAAAACUACCAAUAACCGACCCAAUCCUUAAGCCUGAGGGUCACUUUCCUCCUAACCAUAGCUCUCAGUGCUGAAGUAUGAAUUCCAAGCCCAGAGUGAUGUCUAUCACAAAUGUGAUAUCUAAAGGGAGACCUCACUAUAUUUUCAGACUCUAUUUUAAUGAUAAGGAAUACUCAGAAACCUUAUCAAUGUAUUUAUUAUGCCAAUUUUUUAAAGAAGAAGAUACUAUUAAGUUACAAACAGGAGAACUAGACUGCUUUAAUUGUUUCUCAGAAAUCCCAAGAAACGGAUUAGUGUCUGUCCAUAUCUAUAACCAUCCAGAACAAUCAUACAAGGAAAAUGAAAUGAGUUUGAUCAACAAUAAUACAAAGGAAACAGCCACUAAAGUAGACUUAAUGGAUGUAAUGUGUGACUUAAUUGAAAGGAUCAAAGACCUUAGCAUUGAUGAGUUCACAUGCGAGAUGGUCCUUAAAAAUGACAGAGUACUCCAGAAGUUCUGUGAAUUAUGUGAACACAACUGUUCAAUUAAAAGUAUCAAACUCAAACCUUAUUUUGAAAAAGAUGUCAAAAAGAUAUUGAAGGCUUUAAGAAACAAUUUCAUGAUAAAGAGUAUAAGUUUAAUGCACCAAGAGAUUCAAGAGAUCCCUGUUGGAGGUAAAUCACUAGAAGAGAAUAAACAAGAAGGUGCAGAUUCAGUAUAUUUGAAGCCUAUACAGGUCUCUCAUAAGACCGUAUCGUACUGAAAGAAAUUCAGAAAUAAGAGAAUUGGGACACAAAUAAUGCUAAACCCCAAAAUAGAAUGUUUCCGAAAAUGGGAGAACGAAAGCGACCAUUUAUUUGAACAAGAUAGUCCUUGUAUCAUCUAAAGUUGGAGUUUCAUAUCUAGAACCUAUCAGCCUCUAAUUUCUAAAACCUGGGGAUCUCUU